AUGGCUGGAAUUAAGCGAAAGCAGCCAUCGGGAUCUACGAAACACAGUGAUGCGACCAAAAGCAAGAAGUUGAAAUCUACGCCGCAUGCCGCAUCCAAGGCCCCGAAAGCCGCGAAAAAGACUGCCCAGAACAAACCCGCUCCAGAUUCGGACGAUAUCGUCGAGUCUGAUACUACGGAGAGUGAGAAUGGAUUCUAUGGAUUCUCCGCAAAAGAUGGCGAAGACGGGAGUAGCCCGAGCAUUGCAGGCGAAGAGAGCGACGUCGAGGAUGAGCAGAUGGAAGUCGAGGUUGAGAAAAGCCAGGUCAACUCAGAAAGGCAGAAGGCGAUGAACGGCGGAACUUCCUCGAAAGAAGCCCAUGCGAAGCAGAAAGCUUUAGCGAAGGAGCGCAAAGCUGCGAAACCAAACGCCGACUCGAUCAUCCGCUCAAAGAAGAUAUGGGAGCGCCUGCGAAGGAAGUCACACGUGCCGAAGGAUGAGCGCAAGCAGCUGGUAACGGAGCUCUACGAGAUCGUUACUGGCAGGGUUAAGGAAUUUGUCUUCAAACACGACUCUGUCCGAGUCAUUCAGUGUGCGCUCAAGUACGCCAACCUGGAACAGCGGAAGAUGAUCGCCAGGGAGCUGAAGGGCGAAUAUCGGAGUCUGGCUGAGAGCCGAUACGCGAAGUUCUUAAUAGGCAAGAUGCUCGUAGAAGGGGAUGCUGAAGUCCGGGACCUGAUUAUCCCCGAAUUUUACGGUCAUGUUCGACGCUUGAUCAACCACCCAGAAGCAUCCUGGAUCCUGGACGACAUCUACCGGGGCAUCGCUACGCCGCAGCAGAAGGCCAUUCUUCUGCGUGAGUGGUACGGCCCUGAGUUUGCUAUCUUCAAGACCGCGAACAAAGACAAUGCUACAGCAGACCUAUCCACGAUUCUCGAAGAGACUCCGGAGAAGCGCAAACCCAUCAUGUCUUACCUGUACGGUUUGAUAAAUCAGCUCAUCCAGAAGAAGCUGACCGGCUUCACGAUGCUCCACGAUGCAAUGCUCCAGUAUUUCCUCAAUACGAAGCCGGGCAGCGAAGAGGCCACCGAGUUUCUUGAGCUACUUAAGGGCGAUGAGGAAGGCGAUCUCCUCAAGAAUCUCGCUUUUACCAAGUCUGGCAGCCGCGUCGUCUGUCUCGCCCUCGCCUACGGCGGUGCUAAAGACCGCAAAAACAUCCUCAAGGUCUACAAGGACACCAUCGAGACGCUAGGUUACGAUACCAACGGCCACAAGGUUCUGUUAGCGGCCUUCGAUGUCAUCGAUGACACAGUCCUCACAUCGAAAUCUAUCUUCCCCGAGCUUCUGGGCAAGGACGCAGCGGCUCAGCCCGAGAAGAUUCUAGCGCUAGCAAACCAUCUGGUUGGCCGUAUUCCGCUACUCUACCCUCUCAUUGGGCCUGCGAAAUCGCUGUUUACAGACAAUGCAGAGCUCAAGCUUCUCAAUGAGAUCUACGAGGUCCGGACAACGACCUCGAAGAAGGAACCGGAGAUCCGCCGCAAAGAGCUAGUCCGCUCGCUAUCAGGACCUCUACUCACCACCAUCGCCGCCGAAGCUGCACAACUUGCGCAGACAUCCUUUGGAUGCCAGCUCAUCACCGAAGCACUGCUGGGUUGUGAGGGCGACAAGGAGGCCGCUGUGAGUGCUACUGCUGAUGUAGCAGCCGGCGAUCCUAACGCCGAGGACCACAUCGCGCGGUCCCCGCAUGGUGGCCGGAUGCUGAAAACUCUAGUGUUGGGUGGACACUAUGAUCCGAAAACAAAAAAAGUCACACUCGUUGACCCGCCACUAAACUUUCAUGAUGCGCUGUACGAGCGCAUCAGAGAGCACAUCCUGGACUGGGCGACAGGCUCGAGCUCCUUCGUUGUCGUCAAUCUGUUGGAGGCGGAGGGGUUCAGCCACAAGGAAGAGCUGGUUAAGACACUUAAAAAGAACAGGAAGAGGCUGGAGAACGCGGCGAAGGAAGAGACGAAGGGACAGAAGGCCAGGGGGGAAAGCGAGCUCGGCGGAGACCAGCCCGUGGGUGAGAAGAAGAAGGGGAAGAAGAAGACUGUGGCUCCCGCCGUGGGUAACGCUGGCGCGAAGCUGUUGCUCCAAAAGCUGGCCUAA